AUGCCCGACCCGCCCCCGCCGCCCGCCGCGUCCUCCUCGACCCCAAAAGCGAUCCCCAGCCUCGCCAGGCGCGCGAGCGAGACCACCCGCAGGGGCGCCGCACGCCUCGUCUUCACGCCCACCCUCCCCGCGCGCCGCAAGAAGGAUGCGUCACCACCCGCCGUGCCCACCGAUCGCGGACGAGGGCGCGGGAGGGGCGACCGUGCGCGCGGGCGGGGUCGGGGUGGUGAAGGACGGGGCGCAGCACCCCGGCCUCCGCCCGUCGAGAUGACCGCGAGCGGGCCGUUCGCCAUGGGCCCCGCACUCGCAGGCACCUCAGCGCGGCGGACCGCGCCCCGCUCGAACUUCGCACCCGCCAUCCCACAGACUCCUGGGGCGCUUGGUGCGGGGCUCACGCAGACGACCGCGCCCGCGCUGAAGAGGGAGAAGGCGCGGGACGCGUUGGGGAAGGCGGAGGACGAGGAGGAGGCGUACUCGGACCCGGAUGAAGGCGUGGAGAUCGUGGAUAUGGAGAGGAUUAGGGACAUGGAUUGGAUGGCGCCCGAGAGCUUGGCCAGGGAGAGGGAGGUGAAGAAGAGGUCGAAAGCCGCGAAGGUGAAGGAGGACCCGGAGAAGGAGGAUCGAAAGGGCAAAGGCGUUGCCAAGCCGGAGGUCAUGGACGUUGACGAAAGCCCCGAACCAGAAGCAGAACCGGAAGUCAACCUCGCAAACGCGGUAGACCUCAGUGAGAGCGAGGACGAGGAAGAGCUCGAAGACAUCAUCGACGACUUCGCGUUCGCUCAGCAAAACCAGGCAGAAGAUCUGGACCCAAACAUCCGCCAAGAGCGUCUAUACUUCUUCCAGUUCCCCUCCCCCUUCCCCGCCUUCGUCUCUCCCUCCGCCCAAGCAGCAGCAGCCGUAGAACAAAAUCCCGCCGCAGACACCGCAGAAACAGGCGGCGAACGGAAAGUCACCUUCGCGCCCGACACGAAACCAGCUGCCCCCGCGCAAGGCGCAAAACCGGACGACAAGGCCAAAGACGCAGACCAGAAGGUCGACGGCAUCAUCGGCCAGCUCGAGGUCUACGCGAGCGGCGCGGUCAAGAUGCGCCUCGCGAACGGCAUCCUCAUGGACGUCACCGCGGCGACGCAGCCGUCCUUCCUUCAGCAGGCCGUGCACAUCGACUCGGAGAACAAGCGCGUGCAUGUGUUGGGGGAGGUCAAUCGGCGGUUCGUCGUCUCGCCGGAUGUGGAGACCCUUCUCGCUGCUAUGGAACUGGCGGAGCAGCCGGUUGCGCCAGAGUUGGAGGGGCUCAUCGCGAUGGACACUACCUGA